AUUCCCUAAGCAAAAUUCGAAAAUAAUGGAAACACCAUAUAUCGAUCAUUUGUCAGAUACGGAUUAUGAAAAUAUCUAUGAACCCUCACAAGAUUCUUUUUUGCUAUUAGAUGCUCUAGAAAUUGAUCUAAAGUUUAUAGAACAAGAACUAAACCCUAAUUUAUGCUUAGAGAUUGGCCCAGGUAGUGGAAUAAUUAUUACAGCUUUAUCAAAGCGCUUGUCCUCCAGCACAUUGUGCUUAGCUGUAGAUAUCAAUCGCUAUGCAGCAUGCGCGACAAAGCGUACAGCCCAGCGUAAUGGUGUGGAGGUGGAAUGUAUAUGCGGUAAUCUAGUAGAUAAUGUGCGUUGCAAUUUAAUAGAUUUGCUGCUAUUCAAUCCUCCCUAUGUUGUUACGGCAGACGAGGAAAUCCGAGAUGCUAAAAGCAAAUUAGUGCAUUCCUGGGCGGGCGGUAAGCAUGGCAGACGAAUCAUUGAUACUUUAUUGGUGAAAUUGCCGGAAAUUUUAUCACCACGAGGAGUAUUGUAUCUCCUGCUAUUAAAAGAAAAUAAACCAGAAGAAGUGAUGCAAGCACUGACAAAGCUCGGUUUUAAAAGCGAAAAAUUGAUUGAACGAAGAAUACCUGGUGAAUAUUUAUAUGUAUUAAAAGUACGACAUCGAUUGUAAUAUGAGAUUUUCUUUGGUUAAGUUACUGGCAAUAAUUUGAAGAUAAAGAAAAAA